AUGGAUCCAAAUUUCCCUACUUUAUUUGUUCCACCUGAUAAAUAACCAACGAGAAUUAUAUAAGCGAGAUUAGAAAUUGUAUCUAAUGUUCUUUAAGAGUUUGGAUAUGAUUAAAGAUAAUUUAAUCAUCAAGAUAUCUUCUUUAUUCUAGCUACUCCUUGUCUUUUUCAUUAGGCAAAUGAAAUUAGACUGUUAAGUAUUGAAGUUAUUGCAGCUUUAUAUCAAUUUGUUGGAGUAGAAAUCAGAACCAUGGUUGAUGCUAUUGAAAAUCUUAAACCUGGUUUGAAAGAUUAAAUCAUGGCAAGAUUGGAUGAAAUAGAUUAAUAAGCUCCUGGGAGCAAAUAAGUUGAUAGAGGCUUGAGUCUUGUACCUGAAGAGGAAUAGGAAGAAAAUUAAUCAGCUUUACUAAAAAAACAAAAAGAUAAUGCCAACUCCUAAAAACAAGAUCUUGAUAAGUCCAUCAAUAAUGUAUCUUAAAGCAAAAACCAAGAUAAACUAAAUAAUUCAUCAUUAAAAUCCACUUUUUAUUGUUAACUAUAAUUUAUUAAAACAAUAAUUAAUGAGUAAUUCAUAGCAAACACCGUGUCCAUUUCAUGAUGGUUAAUUUAUUUCAUUGAUUCGUAAGAAUAUUAGAUCUGAAGGUAAAAUGAAAAUGUGCUCAAAAUGCUUUUUCGAUGAAGAAAAUCUUCAAAAGAAAGAUGUUAUAAUAAUUGAUGAAUUUGAUACCAAAAUAGCAAAUUUGGGUUCAUCCUUAGAAACAAUAUAACAUACAUCAUUAUAAUAAUUGGAAAUAUUAAAUGACAUCAAUUAAGAAAAAGAUAGAUUAGGGCAAGCCAUCGUUGAAAUGGGACAGAAAAAAUAGUCUUUAGAUAAUUUUAUAAAAACAUCUUAAAGUUCUUUUUAAUUAGGGAGUGUUAAUUUAAGUGACAAUUAGGUAAGUGAUUUUAUGGAGCUAUUUAAUCAACAGGAAUUGUUAAGAAAUAUUAAUUUAGAGUUAUAAAGAUCUCUUGAUCCAUUAAGAGAUUUAAGGACAUUUUUAAAAUAAUAACGAGAAAAAAUUCUAUAAGAUAUCUAAUUAAUAAAUUAGAUUUUAAAUGGAAAACUAUCAAUCUAAUCUGAAAAUUUACAUUAAUAAUAAUGGAAUGGUGAAUCUACUUUAAGCCUUUUGAGAAGUAAUUUAUAAUUAAUUUUAAGAUCUAAUUUUAAAUUUAGAAAGAGAUCAUAUUAGCCAGAUUUAAAAAGGAAUGGAAUCAUUCAAAUAAGAAAAUUUAGAUUCUGAUGUUCUGUUAGAAGAACAUAAUUCAUAUUCGUCAAGAAGUAAAUUAUAAAUAUAAUACGAGAUAUUUUUGAAUGUUAACUAAAAAGUUAUAUAGGCCAUAUAUCUUACGGAUCAGAAUAAUAAGAAAAUUAGGCUGAUGAACUUUUGAUUUCUGAGUCUGCUUUAAAUUAAUAAAGUACCUUAAUCAAAUUAUCAGAAUAGAUUCUAUUCAAUUUUCGAUUAGAUAUUAAUAAAAUCAAGAUCUCUAAAAUAAAGGAUUCACUUUAGUCUUUAUUUUCCCUCAGGAGUAGAGGACAUUUUUUAUUAUAUUGAAUCCACAAAUUUCUGUGAGAUUAGUGGCUUUGGAAUUUCAAAAAGUUUUAAAGUCUUCACAAGGAAUAAUAAUGUGUCUUAAUGACCUGAUUUUAGUCAUGGACAGAACUUUUGGAGAAUAAAAUGUAUAAAAUGGUCAAAUUCUCAUGUGUUAUCUAAAAUAGUAAGUAAAUGAUUGA